GGGACAGUUAAAUAUAGACAUGCAGUACAGGCGGCUUCUUGUUAACUUUUGGCAGAAGUUCUCGAUUAACUGCAGCCGUUUUAUCUGCACUAACGAGAAGCAGAACGGAGGAAAGUUGUUUACGCAACAGAAGCAGCCCAAAAUUAUGCAUUUCCGGGCGUACGUGUUUUUGUUUACCGUCGCUAUUCUGUUUGCUGCAGCGUUUGCUGACCCGGUCAGCGAACUGGAAGUCGAAUGUAGCGCACUAUCAGCAUCCACUGCAACUCACGAACCCUUCGUCCCAAUGGAGAAAUUAUCCUUGCGCACGGAUAAUUUUACGCAAGCCGAAUAUGAGGCCUACUCUGCUUUGAGGAACAGCUCAACGACUUUCUGCAACAUUGCUCCAUUAGUGCAGUCCUAUUCUCAUCAGCGACUGGGUCGGCGCACGGUUUACCUGACGUACAUCGAAGCGCGCUGUUUGAACGGAGUCCGCGCCGCGGCCUCCCAAUUGACUCUCAACAUCCGCAACAUCAGCUCCGACCGCGCGGUAACCCUCCUGUUGGACGAACGCGCUGACACGGACGAUCCGGUGCACUAUGACGUCAUCGACCCGGUUCGUCACCUGCUGAUCGAGCUGCACGUGCUGCGCUGCGCCACGCCGAUUAUCACCGGCAAAAUCUACGCUGCCGGUACACUUCCAAAUUUGGUGACCCUGGAACUGCAAGGCUGCAGUACAUCGCAAUAGCGCAAAAACACCGGUUUUAUGUGAUAAUUACAGAUUCUGUCAUAUCAGUGUUAAAUCUUUCCACUGGAUCCAAGAUUCUCUGAACCUCCACCUGAUGCUUUUCAGUAGUGGCAGUUCGGUCACCCGCUCACCUUGCGGGCUCCGUACACGGGACAGUACCGGUAUCUCGGUCACCCGCUCACCUAAUGAGCUCUCUCCACUAGAAAGGAGUGAUAGUUCGGUAACUAGCUCACCUAGUGGGCUCUG